GGCGUGCGGUGCGCGCGCGCGGAAGGAGGAAGGGCAGAGCUAAGGCGGGCGGGCGCGUGGGAGCCGGCGGUGCAGUGGUGGUCCAGCCAUGUCGGCGCACCAGCGGGGCACGGAGCUCGACCUUAGCUGGAUCUCCAAAAUACAAGUGAAUCAACCGGCAGUUCUGAGGCGUGCAGAACAAAUCCAGGCCCGCAGACCCGUGAAAAAGGAGUGGCAAGCUGCUUGGCUCCUGAAAGCUGUUACCUUUAUAGAUCUUACUACACUUUCAGGCGAUGACACAUCUUCCAACAUUCAAAGGCUCUGUUAUAAAGCCAAGUAUCCAAUCCGGGAAGAUCUCUUAAAAGCCUUAAAUAUGCACGAUAAAGGCAUUACUACAGCUGCCGUUUGUGUUUAUCCUGCCUGCGUAUGUGAUGCAGUAAAAGCACUAAAGGCUGCAGGCUGUGAUAUCCCAGUGGCAUCAGUGGCCACUGGCUUUCCAGCUGGGCAGACUCAUUUAAAAACACGAUUAGAAGAGAUCAGAUUGGCUGUGGAAGAUGGAGCUUCAGAAAUUGAUGUGGUAAUUAACAGGACCUUGGUGCUGACAGGCCAAUGGGAAGCCCUGUAUGAUGAGAUUCGUCAGUUUCGCAAGGCCUGUGGGGAGGCUCAUCUCAAAACCAUCUUAGCAACAGGAGAACUUGGAUCUCUUACGAAUGUCUAUAAAGCCAGUAUGAUAGCAAUGAUGGCAGGAUCAGAUUUUAUCAAGACCUCUACUGGAAAAGAAACAGUAAAUGCCACCUUCCCGGUAGCUAUAGUCAUGCUACGGGCCAUUAGGGAUUUCUUCUGGAAAACUGGAAACAAGAUAGGCUUUAAGCCGGCAGGCGGCAUCCGCAGCGCGAAGGACUCCCUUGCCUGGCUCUCUCUCAUAAAGGAGGAGCUAGGGGAUGAGUGGCUGAAGCCAGAACUCUUUCGAAUAGGUGCCAGCACUCUGCUCGCGGACAUCGAGAGGCAGAUUUACCAUCACGUGACUGGAAGAUAUGCAGCUUAUCAUGAUCUUCCCAUGUCUUAAAUCAGCGACAAAUUCCAGAAAAGUCCUUUACUAUUUUUUCUGCGUGAUUGCUAAAAUUAUUUCAUUAAAAAAAUGAGGGAAUAGGUAACUGACUUUUUUCCCUUAAAAUUUCCAUUGAAUUUAACUCAAAGAAUGAAAGGGAAAAGCCAGGUACACACAUGGUGUGUACACACAUGGUCUCCGUUUCAGGCAUGUCUGAAAUGGUCUUGAUUACUAGAAGAUCUCCAUUGUUAAUUUUGUGAAGAUUUUCUCUUAAGAACUCUGAGUAAAUUGUUAAUGAUAGCUUUGACAACAUUAAAUUCUAAGGAAGCAAAAUGUUGACUUACCCAAGAACCAUGCUGUAGCAAAAGAAAAUGCAGCACCCCUGAACUGCUCUUGUUCUCCCACUGACUUCAGGACUCACUUACUUGGCACUAAUUUCCUGCCCUGAAAAUCCAUCUUUAAUUUUUGCAGCAGAUACGCCCUUUUACUAAUUGUUUUGCUAAUGAAAUUUCUGUCAUUGUUAUAUGAAACUAUGGAUAUCAUUGAAUUUUUUAAUUAAAAAAAUUCCUAUAGUUGUUUAUUUUUAAAAAACCUUUAAAUUGUAAUAAUACAUAUUGAAAAGUUAAUCCAUUAAACAUAUAAAGAGGUUUUAUCAAUGA